CGCCGCGAAAAAUCUACCAACCGCGUGGCGCCGCAACGUGGUGUGAUCUUGAGCGGCGUCAAUCCUCUUUCCUGGACAGCUUCAACCACCCUCCCAUCAACGGUCCAUCAACACCAAUCACCAUGAGGUAGUUUGGCAAAUGCACAUCUCAUAAAAUCCUAAAUACUCAGCCUUUCAUCAAAUCAAUCGUCCAAAUAUGUGGAUACUACCUCUCAUCGGCUAUCUCGGGACCAUCCUGGGCUUCUCCUUCCUGACGCUGGCCAUCGCUUCGGGUCUCUACUACCUCUCGGAGCUUGUCGAGGAGCACACGGUCAUCUCCAAACGCAUCCUACAGCGAAUGAUAUACUCGAUUAUAGUCAUACAGUUGCUUCUUUGCCUCGUCGACAAGUUCCCAUUCUUCUUGACACUGCUGGGUGUUGUUUCCCACGUAGUGUACCUGGGCAACCUGCGGAGGUUUCCGUUUGUCAGGCUAUCGGAUCCGCUGUUUUUGACAUCGUGCCUCCUCGUCAUCGUGAAUCACUAUCUGUGGUUCCGUCAUUUCGCGGAUCGCCAGCACAAUGCCUAUCAAAACAUGACCUCGUACUACGACACCCCGUCUGGUGUGCCCACUUUUACCGAGAUCGCCUCCUACUUUGGUCUCUGCGUGUGGCUGGUCCCAUUCUCGCUCUUCAUAAGCCUGUCCGCUAGCGACAACGUCCUGCCGACCAUGGGCAGCGAGACACCCUCGAUGGGUGGCGGCAGCGAUGAGGCCAAGAGGAAAGGCCAAGGUAUGGCCAAGGCCCUGGUUGAUAACAUCAUGGGUCUAUUCGGCGAAAUUGGGUCUAUGGGCGGAUCGAGACGAUCUGAUCGCAGCUUUUGAUGAUUUUUGCUGUUUCUUGUGCUAGCGCUUUUUUGUACUUUUUAUUUGUACCAUGAAUGAUGAAAAGCCUAGAGGCCAGUUUCUGUCUUUUUGUUUCGUUUUUUUUUUCGGUAAAAAGAUGUUGCAUGUAAACAUCUGAGCUGGAUUUGGGAGCUUUGUCAAUCUUUAUACUGCUCCGAUUGACAACCUCAGUUUUGUUACUAGGGAUGUUACUGAAAGAUGCCCAUCCAAGUUUACUUCUUGAUCUCUUUUACAAUGGUGGUAAUGAUGGCGCCGGCAGAGCCACCCUCACUGGGCUGCCCUAGUUGUAGCAACAUCGACCUCGCUACUCCGCCACACGUACUAACAUAAUUGCAGGGGUAUAUUUCACAGAUGAACUCAAGCAAUUGCAUAUUGGUAUGUGUUCAUUCCCGACUGGGAUCUAUUUUCGGCCAUCGCCAUGAGGUCUUUAGGUCUGUCUCGAACCAUGGGUAGGAGGGCUCCGUUGGCUACCUGAAAAGCAACCGGAUCGUCAGCAUCCGUUGUUGCCUGUCCUCAGAGUAUAAGAUAUGCCAGAGGGUACUGGGUCGCAACAGGUAACCGGGAACAACCUCAUCCUAUGUAUGAACGGAUCACUCACCAGUGUAGAAGUAAAGGAUGAAUAAUCGAGGUUCCAGUUGUGGAAGGUAAAGUGGUGCAAAGACGAGGGCAGGGCGGGAUCGAAGGCAAGUUGGAAAAGGAGAGGUGGUUGAGCCGUGCGUUGAAGUAGGCAAGGAAGCUACUGGGUCGGGGAAGCAAGUCAGCGGGCAACAGCAGUGGGAUUGGUGGGGUUCAAAAUGGAAGGGAAAGUGGUAUGCCCUGUGUUCACGACGGUUGAGAAUGGAAGAGAAGGUUUUAAAAGGGCAAAUGAGGGCGAUUGAACACUCACCCUGAGCGACACUGGUCAAGCCUUGCGCGACGAGCCAUCCGUGGCAUCGGCUGAAGAGUGCGUUCCCCCUCCCGCCCCGGUGACGGCUGACUGGGAGGGCCCCGUCUGCACCAUGCCAAUGGUGUCGAAGGGAGCGUCUUCCUUGGGUUCAUUGAACCACCGGUCGAUGGCGUAGGAGGAGGAAUCUCCCGAGCCACGGGAAGUAUUCGACAGUUCAGGAGCAGAACCCCCAGGGUGAUCAACGGGGAUCGAUGGGGUGUUAGAGUUGGGGUUGGACAUGGUGGCGGAUGGUGAGGUAUACUGCGGGCUUUCAGGGUUUAAGGUAAGGUACGU